CGUCAACGCAGAAUUUUGAAUUCGACCUGGUGCUGCGUGCUGACCUCGCCUUGUUGGGUUGUAAGGACAGUAAAUAUGCACGUAAAUGGAUGCAUGGGCAGCAAUCUUUCGGACGUCUUCCCUUCACUUCCUUUCCAAGACUCAAUGAAUAACUCUGUCAAUGGUUCAGUCUUGAAUAUAAACGGACCAAACGUAAACAACAUUGAUACUAUGUCUCGACUCAAAUUUCUUGGCUUAAAUUUGGGGAAUAAUAAUCAGAAUGGAAAUAGUAACAACCUUUGUAAUGAAGAUCGCUCACGCACCAAUUUGAUUAUCAACUACCUUCCUCAGAGCUACGACCAAAAUGAUCUCCAGCGUCUUUUUGAGCGAGUGGGACCUAUUAGGCAGUGUAAGCUUAUUAGAGACAAGAACACGGGCGCUAGUUUGUGUUAUGGGUUCGUAGAUUUCGUGAACCCUCAGCACGCAGCUUUAGCAAUACAAACCUAUCAUGGCUAUGAGACGGAGCAGAAACGACUGCGUGUGGCGUACGCCAGUUCAGGUGGUCGUCGGUUCACACCAGGACAUCGUCUCCAAACAUUUUCCAAUGGGACUAAUUACCCAGGUUCAUUGAACUCUGAAGUCACAAAUGAAAAUAUAAUUGGAUGGGAGAUUAUAGUAACUGGGAUACCUGUAGAGUGGACUGAACCGGAUUUACUCCGUCUUUUUUCUAAUUUCGGGGCCGUUGUGGUUAUUAGAUUAUUAGCUCCUCAAUUCCCCGAUUCACCACCAGGUCAAAAGCCUCGUCUCAGUCCCGCUUUGAAUGGAGCUUCAAGUGAUAUGAGUUCAGAAUCAGCAGACACCAAGUUCACUUCAAGUGCAUCUGUCAUUUUCCAGGAGAAAAAUAAUGCUGAACUUUCUGUUUUGCGCUUGAAUGGCUAUCAGGCCCCGGAAUGGACCACACCGCUUAGAUUGCGUUUAAUUGGUUCAGUAACAAGAGAAACCUAUGGACUGUUUUACUUUUCGCGUCAGUCACCACUCCCGCUUAAUCGUACAACUAUCAACAACAGUAACGCCGAUCCGUUGACCGAAUCGAAUAUACUCACAAAUGUGCUGAAUAGACGGACGCUGAACACACUAGGCUGCGCUGUGCAUGGGAAUUCACAAAGUCAGUAUAUGGCAGAAACAAAAAACUCUGAAGUCACUCUAAACGUAGCAGUGGAAUCUAGCAGUUCCCUCCAGUUACCGUCAAACCCACCGUUCGGCAUCCCUCCUCGACCAAUCAUGCGAAACAAAAGUAAGAUUACUUUUUUGUUCUGUCUGUUUCACUACAAAAUUUAGAAGUGUUGAGUGACUCUCGCAUUAAGUGUUUCCGCAAAAUUUUUGACCAGUCCUGACUCCUGUUUAUUGGCGCCCGACGAUGAAAGAUUUUUUAUUAAAAGCAGAAUUUGACUCUGUAGACCCGGAGGUUCUGUGGCAGUGUCUGCCAUUGAAGUGUACCUCCGGUGUACAUAAACCAUAUAGUCUAUUUACUCGAACAUUUUCAGUCGAAUCAUAUCUUUUUGCGGACUGUCACCUGAUUUUGCAACAUCAAGUGAUGUCCGGCAGGACUGUUCAAUAUCUCCAUUUUUGUUCAGUUUCGUCGUAGACCUGCUACUAGAGCUAACGUCCUCACCGACUGAAUUUUUAGGUAUUGAUCUUCAUCCAGUAGGUUGACUUAACAACCUACACUACACAAGUGACAGUCCAGUUCGGUAAAGACGCUGAUAAAAUAGUCUUAUGGUAACACUCAGCAACAAUGCCGGGAUGUUUGGAAUGCUUUUCACCUCCUAGAUGCAAACUGCUGCUUGGGGACCGGUUUGCAUCAAGACCUGAAUUAAGGAGGGGAAAUGAAGUGGUCGAACGCGUCGAUCACUUCACUUAUCUUGGAAGUCUGAACAUUAGUAAUGGGUUGGUGUCUAACGAGCUCUCUGCUCGGUUUCAAAAGACUCGUUUGACUUUGUCAACUUACGUCACUCAUGGCAAAGACGAGAUAUUCGUCUAUCAAUUAAGGGUAAGAGGUAAAAGAUACUCGUGGGGUACCAGCAUUACAUCAUGAUAGCGUCUUCUGGGAUCGCCAGGUAAAAGUAAGGUUAAACGCAGAGUAUUAAAGAAUAAUGGUAAAUCAGUUGAUGAUGUUGGUCUUCAUUGACCGAGAUAGUUGGGUCACGUAAUACGCGCUCCCGGACCACCGAUUACCACAGCAUGCAAUGCUGACGGGUGUUGGAGACUGAUCUAAGGGAGCCAGGGGCUACCAAAUCAAAACGUGGUAUCAGUUUUUGAAAUCACUGGUCUGAGCCAUGUUGGUAAAUGCAGCUUACUUGGUUGGGGUUCGCGCGACUGUCGCAACCAGUGGUUGUGAAGACUGAGUGACAUAACCCAGAAUCGAGCGGAUUUAGCACUUCAAGUCAUAAUUCAUACCUGUAAAAUUAAUUAAAUCAGUUGAAAUUUAGAACCAAUCGCAGUUCCUUUUGUGUAUAACUUAUCCACAUAAUUAUUUUCGUAGUCACUGAUCACAACCUAACAUCGAUCUUCAACCGCGACGUCCUCUCACAAACCAGUUCGUUAGAUGUCUUGGAUUUCCUUGACGGUCACCAUAAUGCAAACUCACCAGGUUUGGCUGCUGGGGUUGAUCGCUGUUCAUCCAGAGAGAUCUCGAUAAUUAACACGCUAAACUCCCAACGAACUGUCGACAAUGACCAGCCGAAAUUGGAACAGUCUCUCAGGAACUUGACGAAUACAACGAGUCAUUCUCCAUGGCUGUUUUCCCAACAGCGGUCUGUACUUAACCCACUUCCGGAAACUGGACGUUCUGACGAAAUAAACCCGAGUGCUUUGACAGCUGGAGUAUGCAGGCGUUUGUCUGUUAAAAGUCCUUUGAUACCAAGUCCUGUCUUGUCGAGUUUAUUAACACAGCGGGGUUGUCAGAUGAACAUAUGGCUCAAACUAGAAAAUAUUCAACCGACUGGAUCAUUCAAAAUUCGUGGUGUUGAAAAUGUGGUUCGCAAGGUAAGUUAUUUAGUACUUCAUUUAUCUGAGUUAGAUUUUUUGUAUCUUUGUCAAUCUUUGUGAGGACCCGUCGACCACAGUCCCCACCCGAGACUUCUCGUGGCAACCAUAAGUAUUACUACCUAACUUUUUAGAAAUUAAUGUAAUAGAUUCACCCGUUAAUAUAGAAUACGUAGAUGAUGCGGUCCCGAAAAGAUGCUAGGUCCUUCGAUCACGUUGAGUGACAAUGCAAGCUUGUUUGAGGUGUUUUUCUAUUUCAUAUAAAAUUUUUCUUCAAGAUUGAUCUAGGUUUUAUGUUGCGAAUAACUGAUUCAAUGAAUAAUUAAUGUUAAAAUCUUUUUUACAUCAAUUCAAACAACCGUCCAGUGUAUCUACCCUAUUUAAGUGCAGCUAACAUUCCGUUUAACAAGUUUUCAUGUAACUGUGUUAUUUGUCUUAAAAUAGCACUUCACCUAAGUCUGAGGAGCCACAUCCUUUUAAUCAUAUAGUUUAAGCGAUUAUACUUAAGAUUCUGUUGUUAUUUUUACCAGUCAUGAUGUGCUGCUGGAUAGUAGAGUGAAAACAGGACAUCGAAUUCAGUUGUUACUUCACUGUCAGAUUCCUUGUAUUUUAUCAAAUUGUUUAUUGUUACUUAUUUAGGGAGCCCAAGCUUCUGGUUUCCAUUAUUAGUAAAAUAAGCUAACUUCUAAAAUAGAUGGACCCAGUUUAAUUAAGAAGUUUAGUUAACCUAAUAGAGGGUACAUAAAUUAAUUCGUUGUCACGUCAAUCGAGUGAACAAAAAGUCACAACGAACACUAACACUAGUCCUCAGUAAUAGUGUGACCAGAAGUGCUCAAAGUGGAUUAUUAUGAGUAUGUUUUGGACAUAUUUGAAAGUGUCAUUUCACAUUACUAACACCCAGUUUUUAAAUAUAAUGGCUAUCGCUAGGAAUUGGUUGUCUGCGUCAAACAAAAAUAUACAUCACGACAACAAAACAGUUUACCAGACCUUGUUUAUUCACCUCAUUCGGUUUUCAUUUGUUGAUUUCAGUGGGCAGCCGCGGGAGUGACUCAUAUUGUCUGUCCAACUACUGGGAAUGCAGGCAUAGCCGUAUCUUUUGCAGCUCACACUUACAGAAUAAACUGUACAUUAGUAGUUCCUGAGGCUCUUGAGCAAACUAUUAGACGGCGCCUAUCAUUAGAAGCGCAGGAAGCCAAGAUCGUUAUUGGUGGCACCAGUUUCUUGGAGGCCCAUCACCGCGCUGAACAAUUAGUAAACGACCUACAAUCCGGACAUAAUGAUCCCACUGUCCGACUUCUUCAUCCUUAUGAUCAGACUGAACUAUGGGAAGGAUACGAAACUAUUGUCGACGAAGUCACUCCAGAAAUCGGUCAACCAGAUGCUAUAGUUGUCGCCGUUGGUGGUGGAGGGUUGCUUGCAGGCGUCAUACAAGUGAGUGUCGUCACAUUUUGAAACUUCCAUCUAAAAUUUGGUAUCCCAUGUACAGCUUAAUACUCCGAGGGUUAGCAAUACUACCUGAAUCAAAGUGAAUAUAGGUGCCUUGAAUGUAUGGUCCACUGGCUGUGAACCAAAUCAUCUAUCCUCCUGUCUCCUACAAAAAUGUUCGUAUAUAUCUGUAACAUUUUUCAUGUUAUUUUUACUCACGAUGUUAACCCAGUUCUAUAAUACUGAUACAGCAAAACUUUGUAAAUUCAGGCUUCACAUUCAUAGUCAGUACAUUUAACAACGAACUUCAUAAUUCAAAUACGCUGGACAACUAAAAUACCUUAAUAUAUUUUUAAGGUGAUGCCUUUUUAUAAACCUUUUAUCCCACAAAUAAGUUUUAUCCAGGGCUUAUUCUCCGAAGAUUUUCAUGAGGUAUUUCUACAUGUUUAGGGUCUGUGGAAUAGAGGAUGGUCUUCAACCCAUAUCGUAACUGUGGAAACAGAGGGGGCGGAUUGCUUAAACCGUUCAUUGAAAUCUGGUCAGUUAGCAGUUAUCCCACGAAGCUCAACGAUUGCAACUUCUCUCAGCGCCCCAGUCUUGGCACAGCGUGCUUGGAGUUUGGCUCAAUGCCAUUCGAUUAGUGCAGUGACCUGUACUGACGGAGAGGCAGUUGAUGGAGUUAAACGUUUUCUGGGUAAGAUCUUGUUUCAGUAGCUUCACACAUUAUUUCUGUACCCGUCCCGAACUUCGUAUAUUGACGAUGACAUUAUUCCUGUCGAUGAUAAGGUUACCACUUUGAAGUCAGCCAAACAAACUAGGUUUAGAAGUAGACUUAAGUAGCCACACAUUUCAAACGUCUGUCAGUGUUGGAAAUGUACACGUUAACAAGUUCUGAUCAAGAGCAUUGGAUGUCUUAGUCAUACGAAAAUCAAUUUGUGUUGCCUUACACUCCACAAGACUAACAUAUUUCAACCAUGUUGGUCAGUCAGCUUCAACGUAGGACCAGGCACUUAUAAGCAUCAGUCCAAGUUGCCAUAUCUCUUGAGCACAGCAAGAUAAGCAUCAAAUUCAUAGAAGCUGUUACUUCAGUGGUAUUAAUAUGUAUAAACAAAGAUUACAUAUUAUAAGGACAUGAUACAAGGUUUAACCAUGUCAAUUAAGAUUAAUUAGGAACUAGCAGUAUGUCGCAUGUAACAAAUCCGAGUUAGUUGUGUAAGUUCCUAGUCGACCACAUCCAGAUAGACAUUGUCAUAGUUAUCUUUGAUAAUGUGUAGCGUACUCUAAAGCACAGUUUCAAGCCUUCAAUAUUUUCUUCCAUCAAAAUUCUGCCUUGUCAUACCUCACUAAUAUGAAGGUUUUCUAUACAUUUCAGAUGACCAUGGAAUGCUUGUUGAUCCAGCUUGUGGAGCAGCACUUUCGACUAUAUAUUCAGGCUACCUAUCACGCCUACAACUAGAGGGUCGCCUACCUCGUCCCUCCAAUGUUCUGAUAAUUAUCGGCGGUGGACGGAAUGUCUCUUUUCGUCAGUUGAUUGACUGGGAAAACCAAAUGUCUUCAUUUGCUCCAGAACAAAUUGCUGCAUCUGUUUUACCGCCUUUAUCAAGUUCUUACAUCACUCACUUAUCACCUCGUUCGACAUGCCAAGAAAUACCUAAAUCUUCAACAAUGACUCAUUACACGUCAGGGACUGAACACGAAGAAGGCAGAGUUGGGACCCCAACACCAAACACGCCGCGAUCUGUGUGUGCUAUUUUGAGCAGAACUGCAGUCUCCAGGUCUGAUGCUGCUGACCACCACAUGUCAGUUUGCAAUGGACUGGAGGUCGAAAAUAGUUCUGAAUGCGCUGGUUCUUUAAAUCCACACGACCUAAUGAAUUUCUCCAAACUCCUGGCCUCAUCUGAGGCUGAAGGUGAAGAAGGUGGGCUACGUGAAUAACAACCUUCAGAUUAAUCAAUGUUAACCAUGUUUUAUUUUUACUUCUAUAUUUUGACUAUAAACAGUUUUAUGUUUUUCUGUUUUCUAGGCUUAGGUUAUCUUGAAUACUAUAUACUUAAUUAUUUUUGACUGCUUUUGUUUGUUUGGAUUUUUCUUAUUGAAAUUAAAAUUUUUAGACGGCUGCAACACACGGACAAGCAUUAAUCGCUCUUGAUUUAUUAUUUGUUUAUUGGAUUUCGUAUUCUUUUUUCAUUUGGUGGUUAUUAUAGUCUUUGAAUGCUGAUCCACUUAUUUGUUUAUUUUAGUCUUUAUUGUCUUAUAGAUAUUUGUUUUGUUUACUCUUCAUUAGUUUAUGAUUUGUUUCGUCAUUUUGUCGUCAUUUCCACUUAUAUUAAUCUGUUUAACGCGCUGUUAUGGUGUAAGAUUCGAGGACUAUUACACCCAUAUGAGAGAGAAAAUACAUCUAAUAAACAAAUAAUGAAUCAACAGAGAUCAAUGCGUGCCGGUUGUGCAAAUUUGUUAGCGCAUCUAUUUACCAGUGAUUGGAUUCUCUUGAUGGUUAACAUGUCUCCCUACCUCACUUCAUCUAUUUUAUGUUUCAUCUUUCUCUGUAAACUUGGCCUAUUUUUUCAUUAAAUGAGCAUCAUUUCAUACAAAUUAACCAUUCCGUUCCUCUAGUUUAUUUUCGCAAAUUGAUUUAGUUAAUUUGUGUGUAACGCCUUACUUGAAGCAAGGUGGACACAGUCGCAUUUGUUUUGUUUUUAUCUUAUGUUACUUAUCUUUAUCGUACUACACAAUUAUUUCGCACUUGUGCCUUUCUUUUUAUAGUCAUUGUGUGUUUUUAUUAUUUCUGGCAAGCAGCAUUACUUUCUAAUCUGAUAGAGUACAAGAUUUUGGAUUUAUUUACUCUAUUGUAUUUCGUUUUCAAUAAUGGAAACAAUUAUGUAUGGUUUUGCUUGUUGGUUUUUUGUAGUCUUUUUUAUUACCAUUUACUUAUAAUGUGUAUCACCUACAUUACUUUGCAUUGUUUUUUAAUUUUCAUUGCAUAAAUUUGUGUGUUGCAAUUGCCGUUUCAGUUAUUUUUAUUUGGUUCCUAAAUGGAUACAAGCUAAGCUGAUUAACAAAAGUUUAUGUAGUUUGACCUUAAAAUCUUACAAGACCAUCUGGGUUACAGAUUUUCUCUAUAUUCAGUCCCGUUGUAAGUAGUUGACAAUACGAGGGCCCUCUUGCCAACCCAGUGGUGUUCGUAGUAAUUUUUCUUCGGCUGAAAUAAGUCGUCCAACUCAUGACCGAAUUUAGCUUCUAAGUGACUGGUUUUGUUAUGUUAGCAUGCACAGAAUGUCUUGUCGCAGUAAUUUAUGUAGCUGCCCAGUAUUUUCAUCAGUUUUGUAGAUUGCUCUGCCUAAUAUGAUAAUUGAGUUGGGGAGUCCAAUUUAAUCCUUACUGGAGAAGACUUCAGCCAGGCAACUAUAAUUUGGUCCAGAAAUCUAGAGUGGAGGGAUGGAGAUUCGGGAUUACAAAACACCAGAUGACCGG